UCAGCGUUCUGCAGUGAGCAGGUACAGCUGAUGCUUCACCUGAAAACGAGACACAUCGUCCUUUUCUGUGGACAUUUUCCAUUGCCCUGCCCGUUUUUUCUAAAACAGGAAGACGAGGUCGGUCUUUUUUGCAACAUGCACGGUGGUUUUAGUAUUUGGGCUAUAACACCAGAAGAGAGGGUGAAACAUGACAAACAAUUUGACUCACUGGUUCCCACUCUGGGCUAUCUGUCAGGAGACCAAGCACGAAAGUUCUUUCUGCAAUCUGGACUUCCAACAGCAGUCCUGGCUGACAUUUGGGCACUUGCGGAUAUGGGGAAAGAUGGGAAGAUGGACAGAUUGGAAUUCUCCAUCGCAAUGAAACUAAUUAAACUGCAGCUGCAGGGUCAGCCUUUUCCCUCCAGCCUGCCAAUCAUCAUGAAGCAGACCCCCACCCCCAUUAUGACGUCAUUAUCACGUUUCGGGAUGGGAUCAAUGCCAAAUCUCUCUGCCAUGUCGGUGAUGCCCAUAAUUACGCCCGUGGCAGCAUGCCCCGCAGUGACCCCUUUAGGCCCUGCGCCUACCCUGAUGCCAGGACCGAGAUCACAGAUCCCCAGCAUUCUCAGUGUGUCAGCCCUGCCAAACGGCAAUGCUACACACCUCACUUCAGCAUCAGCGUUCCCAGCUUCCUGCAGUUUGAGUAAAUCUCACUCCCUCUUGGACCUUGGAUCCAGCAGUUCAAACUCCUCCUCCACCACCUCCCUUGCGAGUAACUCCCCCAAAAUGGGCUCAUCUGAUUGGUCAGUGCCUCAGGCGUCCCGUCUGAAAUACCGCCAACAGUUCAACAGCCUGGACAAGCUGAUGAGCGGAUACCUGUCAGGUCCCCAGGUCAGAAAUGCCCUCACGGUGUCAAACCUUACGCAAACACAGCUCGCCACCAUAUGGAGUCUUGCUGACGUAGAUCGUGAUGGGCAGUUAAGAGCAGAAGAAUUCAUUCUGGCAAUGCACCUGGUUGAUAUGGCCAAAACUGGUCGUCCUUUACCUCUGAGUUUACCUCUUGACCUGGUGCCUCCCUCUCUCAGAACAGGGAAAUCAUGUGACCUCUUAAACGGACCUAUUCCUCCAAUCAACACUGAGCUGAUUGAGCCCGAACAUUUACAGAAUAACAAGAACAAUGUAUCGUAUGAGGAUAAACUGAAGGAGAAUUUUCAGAGAGGAAAUGCAGCGCUGGAGAAGCGACGUCUAGCUCUUCAGGAGGAACAGAAGAGAGAGGAGGAGAGAAAGAGAGAGGAGGAGAGGAGGGAGGAGGAGAGGAGACGACAGAGGGAGAGGGAGGAGAGAGAGAGGAGGGAGAGAGAGGCACGGGAGAUUGAACUGAGGAGACAGAGGGAGGAAGAGAGGAGGAGAGAGAUAGAGCGACAGAGAGAGGAGGAAAGACUUAAAGAGUUUGAACAACGAGAGGAAGCAGAGCGUCACAGGCGAAUGGAAUGGGAGAAAAGUAAACGAGUGGAGCUUCAGACACAGAAAGAAAAAGAGCAGGGUGACAUACAGAGACUGAAGGACAGGAAGAGAAGUUUGGAGAUGGAGCUGGAGGCUGUGGGGAACAAACAUAAGCAGAUCUCCGACUGGCUGCGGGAUGCAAAGAGUAAGAAGCAGGUGCAGAGAGUCGAGCUGGAUCUGAUUAAUCAGAAGAGAGAGAGUCGUAAAGUGGAUAUCAACUCUAUACAGUUACAAUUUGAGCAAAUUCAGAUGCAGUUGAUUCGAUUGGGUCCUGAGAAGCAGAGACAGACAGACAGACUGCUUCACCUCACCCAGAACACCUCAAGUCCUUUGAUAAACGAUAUGGAACAGAGCUUGUGUGAGAAAGAUCUGAGCUGUCGGAAACUCAAGGAGCAGUUAGAUGUUUUGGAGAGAGAGACCUCUGCUAAACUCUCACAGAUGGAGCAGUACAACAGAGAGAUCAAGUUUGUAGAAAUGGAUGACUGUGUGCUUCAGGGACUUCUCUCUUUGCUGGGCUGCUUAACCAAUCUCUUCCUUCUAAUAAAGGAGUUGAGACAGAGGCAGAGCCAGCAACAGAACGUUCUAGAGCAGCUGAGGAAAGUCAGAUCUGAGAAACUUCAAGAGCUACAGAGACGCAGAAAAGAGGAAGAGGAGAAGAGGAGGAAACAAGACGAAGAGGAGAGGAAGAGGAAACAAGAGGAGGAUGAGAGGCAGAGGGAACAAGAGGAGGAGGAGAGGAAGAGAAAACAGGAGCAGGAGGAAAUGAAAAGGAAAAAUGAGGAGAAGGAGAUAAAGAGGAAAAGAGAAGAGGAGGCUGCCAGACAGGAACAGGAGCGUCUGCAGGAGGAAGAAGCAGAGCGUCAAAGGAAACUUGCCCAGGAGCGAGAGGCCAAACUCAGGGAAGAGCAACAGCGACAGGCCCUGUCCCGACUUCAGGAGGCACAGGAGCUGGCACGAGAGAGGGAGGAGAAGAGAAGAGUAGAGGAGAGAGAGAGGGAGGAGAAAGAGAGGAACGAACUGCUGCUACAUACUCAGCACAAUAGCACAGAAAUCAAAAGUUUGCCAGUGGUGAUUACUGAGGAUACAUGUACUCCCCUCACCACCUAUAGAGCCUUAUAUCCCUUCACAGCACGUAAUGCAGAAGAGCUCUCACUGGAAGCAGACUGUUUGAUUGAGGUAGAUGAAUCAACAGUUAGGGAGACAGGCUGGCUGUAUGGGCGUUACCGUGGAAACAGUGGGUGGUUUCCAGAGAGUUAUGCCGAGAGAUGCAGUGCAGACAGUGGUACUGAAGGGACUGCAGGUUCACAAUCCACAGCGCCCUCUGCCAACUACCCUAGAAUUCCCAGAGUAGAUGUUGAAGGACCAACACCAACACACACACCAGCGUCUACAAACACGCAACACUCACAGGCUGUUGCUAUGUGUGAGUGGUGUGCUAAAACGGAAAGUCACCUGGGCUUCUCCAAAGAUGACAUCAUCACGGUUCUUGAGAAGCAGGAAAGCUGGUGGUACGGAGAAUUAAAUGAGAGCCGGGGCUGGUUCCCCAGUUCAUUUGUCUCCAUGGUUACCACCAAUAACACACAGACCGAACCAUUGUAUUCUACUGUUGAGGAGAUUGAACUUUCAGAUUCUGGUCUUCUAGAGGAGUAUGUGGCUUUGUACACAUAUGAGAGUCCGGAGUCAGGUGACCUGACGUUCUCUGUGGAGGAUGUUGUCCUGGUAACAGAAAAGGAGGGGGAAUGGUGGAGAGGCUGCAUCGGGGACCAGUCUGGCCUCUUUCCUUCUAACUACGUUAAGCCCAAAGAAAAAGAUACUGCCAUACCUGAAGGCCCUAAAAAGCCAGAGAUUGUUCAGGUAACUACGGUCAAUGCUGCCACAACACCAGAGCAAUUGAGUCUUACCCCGGGUCAGCUUAUUGUCGUGCUGCAUAAGAACUCAAACAACUGGUGGCUGGGUGAGCUACAGGCAAGGGGUAAAAAACGUAAAAAUGGCUGGUUCCACUCUUCUAAUGUUAGACUACUGGAGCCCAACAGUGGCAAACUAACUCCAGCACCUCAACCACUAUGUCAGGUUAUUGCAAUGUAUGACUACAAAGCAGCCAAUAAGGAUGAGAUGAACUUCCAAAAGGGUCAGCUGAUCAACGUACUCAACAAGGACAAUCCUGAUUGGUGGAAAGGAGAGGUCGCUGGGGUCACAGGACUGUUUCCAACCAAUUAUGUGAAGAUGACCACAGAAUGCGAUCCCAGUCAGCAAUGGUGUGCUGAUCUGCUCAGUUUAGAGUCUAUGUCUACUGAGGAGAGAAAGAGGCAAGGAUACAUCCAUGAGCUCAUUCAGACAGAGGAGUCCUACCUGGAAGAUCUCGAACUUGCGUUGGAGGUGUUUUAUAAACCCAUGUCAGAGUCAGGGCGCUUGACAGAGGCUGAGAUGAACCUGAUCUUUGUGAACUGGCGGGAACUGAUCAUGUGUAGCACCAAACUCUUAAAAGCUUUACGUGUCCGUAAAAAGAUGUCAGGUGAACGGAUGCCCGUGCAGGUGGUGGGUGAUAUUCUGUCCUCGGAGCUCUCACACAUGCAGGCCUACAUCCGCUUCUGCAGCUGCCAGCUCAAUGCUGCUGCCAUGCUGCAACAGAAAACAGACAAUUCUCAAGACUUCAAACUCUUCCUAAAGAAAAUCGCCAGUAAUUACCGGUGUAAAGGGAUGCCGCUGUCCAGCUUCCUCCUAAAGCCCAUGCAGAGGAUCACACGCUACCCACUGCUCAUUAAGAAUAUUCUGGAGAAUACUCCUGUGGGUUAUGCAGAUCAUGCAAAUCUGCAGAUGGCAUUAGAGCAGGCAGAGGUGUUGUGCUCACAGGUCAAUGAAGGAGUGAGAGAAAAAGAAAAUUCGGACAGACUGGAAUGGAUCCAGAAUCAUGUGAUGUGUGAUGGAGUCAUUGAGCACCUUGUUUUUAACUCUCUAACUAACUGCCUGGGUCCCCGAAAACUGCUGCGCGGCGGCAAACUGCACAAGACCAAGAGCAGCAAAGAACUCUGGGCCUUUCUGUUUAAUGACUUCCUGCUCCUUACAUACACCUCCAAACAGUUCUCAUCCAGUACAGACAAACUCUUUAAUCCUAACUCAAAUGCACAAUACAAAAUGUAUAAAACGCCAGUGUUUUUGAAUGAGGUCUUGGUCAAAAUGCCCUCUGACCCAUCCAGUGAUGAUCCAAUCUUUCACAUCUCACACAUCGACCGUGUGUACACACUCAAGACUGACACUAUGAACGAGAGGACAACAUGGGUGCAGAAAAUCAAAGCCGCAUCUGACCACUUCAUAGAGACUGAGAAGCUCAAAAGGGAAAAAGCCUACCAAGCUCGCUCUCAGAAGAACAAUGGAAUUGGACGACUGUUAGUGACAGUACUAGAGGCAACAAAGCUGAAGGCCUGCAAGCCAAACGGGAAGAGUAAUCCAUAUUGUGAGCUCACUAUGGGUGCUCAGUGUUACACCUCCCGCCAUCAGUCCGACACGCUCAACCCCAAAUGGAACUUCAGCUGCCACUUCUUUAUCAAAGACCUGUACCAGGAUGUCCUCUGCCUUACCAUUUUUGAGCGAGACCAGUUCUCUCCAGAUGAUUUUCUAGGUCGUACUGAGGUUCCUGUUGCAACAAUAAAGAAGGAUCAAGAUGGAAAGGGUCCAUUGGUACGACGUCUGCUGCUACAUGAAGUUCCAACUGGGGAGGUCAAAGUGCGCCUUGACCUGCAGCUCUACGAGCAAACACCUGUCCUGUGAAAACAUCCAUUUCAACUUCAAAAGCAAAAGUGAUAAAAUGUGGCUUCAUCAAACAAUUUAUUUUCCCCUAAUAGUGAUAACUACUGUACCAUAACUGAGUUCCACAAUUGACUUUUAUAGCCUUGGAACACAAGCUUUAAAUGCAGACAUGCAAAGAGUUGACUAUGCCAAAAGGGGAAGCUGUUUCUUUACUGAAUUUGCUAAAUUAGAGUGCCAUCUUUAUAUUGCACACUUGAUAUACUGUAGAUAAUCCACUUCAACAAUGUUUACAAUAUGUAAAGCUUUGUAUUAUCAUAAUAUUUAAUGUAAAAAUACUCAGAAAUUUAUGGGAAAUUUAGAAAGACACAAAAAACAAAACACACAAGAUUUAGACCAGGGCUGCGCCUGAGUAAUAAUAUAAUUAUUAAAUAGUACAAAUUUACUUGUUUCUUUUAAUAUGUACUUCAAUUAUGUGCUUUCUGACACCUUAAAUGUGCCUUUGUUUUAUUUUUAAAAAGCUAAAAAUAUUAUAAUGGAAUAUACUGAAUUCUGGUAUGUUAAUAGUGCUGUGAAAUGCAAUGCUUUACUAGUCAUUGACAGCCUUGAUUUGUGCCUGAAAUUAUAUAAAAAUGUAUUUAAAAAAAAAAGAAAUACUAAUAUGGGCACUUUAGUUGUAGCUCAUAUUUUCCAUUUACAAAUAGAUUAAAAAGACGCCACUCUUAUUUAAAAAUUAAACUACUUUUACAAAUCCCUGUUUUCAGGACAUGCCCUACAUGAAUUAAGUAGAUUGUUGACUAUAAGGUGAAGCAUACAUGCACCGCUGCUAAAAUUAUUUGCGGGUAGUAGUUAACGGACUUAUAUGCAAAUUUGUCCUAUGGUGUGCGGCAAAAAUUGAUAAAAAAACGAAUAAUCAAGAUACAUUUAUCUUAUGCUAUUGAAUAUGAUUAAUAUUAAUAUUAAUAAUAAAACAUAAUAUUUACUGUAUGUUUACAAAAUUUUGCUGUCACACCAUAUGACACAUGUACGAUUUAUUCGUCGAUUCCCAUAUUCUGAGUUGGACUGGAUUGAUUUUAUAAGUGAUACUUGUUGAGAUUAGCAAGUUUUCAUACAGAUACAUAGUGAUUGACAAUAUGUUAAAAAAACAUGACAGCAAUAAUAACACUGUACAACUGUUUUAUACUGUUUAUUUAAUGCACAAUAUUGUUAAAACCAAAAUUCUAAAAUAGUACAUUUUGUAAUCUGUUUGACUUUUAAAUUGAUGUCAA